AUCAUGCAGACGCGUCGCUCUUGCCGGGUCUAACUCCGGGCAGCCGGUUGGUGGUUCCCAGGGUCCCAAAUCUUCUUCACCGUCAUCAAAAUGCUUUUUUCUGCCGCGCCAUCUUCCGUACAUGGCGCUGAUAGAGGGAAGCCUCGAUUGCCAUGGCGGAAGACAGGUCCUUCGAAUGGCUGCGGGGAAGAUCGAUUAAAUAAUCGCCAACCUCAACGUCACCUUUUCGUAGACCAAAAUAGCAGGUGGCUGCCGGCCUUCGCAAGGCUUAUAUUGGAUGUUGAGUGUCAGCACAGCUCUUCCCUUCUUCGUCACCACCAGCAUCCCUCGGGAACGCACACACACUCUCUUUCUUUGUCUCGGUUUCCUUUCUUUCUCUUUGAAAGGGAAAGAGGAUCUCAAGGGAGUCUUUGCCAACUUCGAGACAGACAGACGCACCGGUGGCGUCUAGCGAUCCCCUCUCUCUCGAACUCCCUUUGUCCUCGACCCUCUCUUUUUCACCCUAGGGAAGCCGGCCUUCCCUCACUUUUUAACACUCAACCCUCGUUCAAACCAACUCUGGCUGGUCCAGACAACCGCUCAUAGAGAGAAUAUCGAGAUGCAAUUGCACUUCAUCCUCACGCUGGCCGCAGCAUUGCUUGCGGCAAGCCCAGCAUCGGCGCUUCCGUUCGCUAACCCUCACGGUGGCGUCGCGCCCAGCCAUCUCUACCACGCUGGCCCUUCCUCGUCGUCGCAGCACGCCUUCAAUGUACCUCUCCCUUCUGCCGCAAGACGGCAAAAGCCGAGGCCCUCAAGCGUGAAGGC